AACAGCCGAUGGCGCUGUGGAGCUAGCUUAGCCUUAGCGCACUCCAAGAAGAAGUAGUGCUGCCUUCAGGAAGCGCAUAUGAUAACAACGUGGGUUUCAUUGAAACUGUCGGUGUAAAUGACAAUAUCCCCAAACCUGCAGUGUAACGGUAUUUGAGAAUGACAUACACGGAGGACAAGCAGCAGUCAUCGCUCUAUUUAGCGGUUAGUUGCCAAAGUGAGGAGCCUCGUCUGCCGCUGCACACUUCAAUCGCCCUAUUUCUUCUGUCUUACUGCGAGUGCAAGUCUUUCAAAGUGUUUCUGGUCUUCACCAAACCUGGCUGCUCCCAGUCACUGAAGUGUCAGCUGCCAGAGUCUGUAGACGUGUCUGACACUCAACUGGAAGAUUUGCCCCAGUUGGUGAAGGGCUGCCGCCUGCCUGCUGUUCUGGAUGAGACAGGACGGCACUGCAGAGCCGGACUGGCAGUGGUCCUGAGACACAUCAUCAACAAAACCUUAGAGAUUGACCCUUCCAGAAAUGAUGUGCUGGCAUUGCUGGGCUUCAAGAAGACCUGUUUGAAGGCCUGUGCUGAGGUGAGCAAGUGGACCAGACUGUGCGAAACUGGCAUCCCCUCUGCUGUUGAAGACCACCUUCAAAAUCCUACAACGCAUCUUCCUCUUUCCAUCCUCUCCUUAGAGCAAAGGCUAGCGGAGCCUGUCAAAGUCCACAAUGAUGACAAAAUACGGCGACAGAAACUCCAAGAGCAGAGACGGAAUAAAAAGAAGGAGUCCCCUGAAGGCAGAGGGGAUGUGGACAAUGUGUCCAACCCUGGACAGUCACCUCAGGUCUGUGAUGGACUCGAGCUUCGGGCUGCUUUAGCCAAGCUGUCUGUGGAUUCAGUUCCAGCUGUGGCCACUAGAGAGAACUCUGAGAUCAGGAAAGUGAAGACCACAGAUCUGCCUCCACUGGAGCAUGUGUUUGCUGAAGGGCUGUACUUCACUCUGACUGAUGUGGUGCUGCUGCCGUGCAUCCAGCAGUACCUGUGUUCCCUCCAAGCCCAUGCUGCGAGCCUUCUGCAGCAGCUCCCCCACCUGCUGUGUUGGUACAGCCGUGUCCAGGAGGUACCAGGCGUUCUUCGGGCAGCCAAGGCUUGCGGAAUGGCUCUUUCCAUCCCCCAAGUUCCCACGGUCAGUCUCCCAGGCCCGCCAGCAGAGAGCAACCCUACUAACCUACUGGAGCAAGAAGACAACCAGGACACGACCACUCAGCAGCCUUUUGUCGGUGGCCCGAGGCCCACAAUGACAAAACUAAAAGAAGAAGGCAUUGAGGCAGUCUUCACUCCGCAUCCUUGCCCUGCGUGGACCCUCCCAUGGGACAGCUUACCAGGAGCGAUCAACCCCACUGAAAGUAAAAUGUCAGAUAUCCGUGCUGUCAGGAAGAGGCAACAGCUGAAUAACUUGGUCGCCAUGGUUACAGAGCUAGCCAGACCAGGACACACCAUCGUGGAUUUCUGCAGUGGAACGGGCCAUGUGGGGAUCGUUCUGGCUCACACUCUUCCAGACUGUCAGGUCAUCCUCAUAGAGAACAAAGAAGAGUCCCUGGUCAGGGCCCAGUGUCGCAGUGCAGAUCUCGGUCUCAAAAACAUCGGCUUCAUUCAGGCCAAUCUGGAUUACUUCACCGGACCUUUUCAGAUUGGGGUUGCCCUCCAUGCGUGUGGUGUUGCAACAGACAUGGUGAUGGAACAUUGCAUCCAGGCAGGAGCUGCCUUUGUCAUCAGUCCCUGUUGCUAUGGCUUCAUCCAGAAUGCAGUCAAGUUUACUUUCCCCAAGAGCAAAAGGUUCAAAGAAACUCUGACUUCUAAGGAACACAUGAUCCUCUGCCGUUUCGCUGACCAAACUGCUGUCCAGCUCCCUCCUGAUCGUCGACUCAUCGGUAAACAGUGUAUGGGCCUUGUGGACUUGGACCGGUCGUGGGCAGCAGAGACUCGUGGCUACUUGGUGCAGGUGAUGACUAUGGAGCCUGAAAGUUGUUCGCCAAAGAACAACAUGCUUGUGGGGAAGCCACCACAAAACAGCCGACUGGAAGUCAUUUCAAACCUCAAGGAAGCACCGGAGAAUAAUUAAGGCUCAAGCACAGACUGAUGCCAGGAUCCUAUUAUAAUUAUAACUGUAAGCACUGGUGUAGCAGAGCAGCUUCACCAUGGUUGAGGUUUGAUAAAGCACCCAGUGUAUGUGGUUACUGGUGGUGACCAUGAUGGUGCUGAGAAUUAUUUUGUAUCCAUGUGUUUUUAAUUUUUAAAAAAGUGCCCCCUCUAGAUUAAAGGUGUA